CUCGUACACUUCCGGAAGAAGCGGAAGACAACAGUGGAACCUCGGAGUUCAUAUGCAAAUUUUCAAAUAAGAAAACAGAAACAGACAUUUUGAUCUGAGACGUUUGACGACCAAAGACCUAAACUGUCGACAUGUUUUCCUUCCACGUAUUCGACCACCCGAUGUCCCGGGGGUUUCAGAACCGUUUCUCCACUCAGUACCGCUGUUACUCGGUGUCCAUGCUGGCAGGUCCGAACGACCGCUCCGACGUAGAGAAAGGAGGCAAAAUAAUAAUGCCGCCUUCAGCUCUCGACCAGCUCAGCAGGCUUAAUAUCACUUAUCCAAUGCUGUUCAAGCUGACCAACAAGAACUCAGACAGAAUGACACACUGUGGUGUUCUGGAGUUUGUGGCAGAUGAGGGAAUCUGCUACCUGCCACACUGGAUGAUGCAGAAUCUCCUGCUGGAGGAAGGUGGUCUGGUCACAGUGGAAAGUGUUAACCUUAUGGUGGCCACUUACUCUAAGUUCCAGCCACAAAGCCCCGACUUCCUAGACAUUACAAACCCCAAGGCAGUACUAGAGAAUGCAUUGAGAAACUUUGCCUGCUUGACCACUGGUGAUGUCAUUGCUAUCAACUACAAUGAAAAGAUAUAUGAGCUGCGAGUAAUGGAGACCAAGCCAGAUAAAGCAGUAUCCAUCAUCGAGUGUGAUAUGAACGUGGAUUUUGAUGCUCCUUUGGGUUACAAAGAGCCUGAACGACGACCUCAGCACCCAGAAGAACCAACAGAGGAAGAAGGAGAUCCCAGCAGCUAUGCUGACAUGGACAUGGGAUUCAGAGCUUUCACCGGCUCUGGCAAUCGUUUGGAUGGUAAAACAAAAGGGAUUGAGCCCAGCCCUGCCCCUCUUGGCCCAAGUGACAUCAAAAGAGGCAUUCCCAACCACGAGUACAAAGUUGGCAGGAUCACCUUCAUCAGGAACUCGAGGCCUCAGCCCAGGAAAUUUGUGGAUGAUGAUGAUGCCCUGAACAGAUUCAUCGCCUUCUCUGGACAAGGACAGUCACUACGCAAGAAGGGAAGAAAGCCUUGAAGGAUUUCAAGUGGAGGGACUGGCUAAUGUGCACAAACUCACCAUAUCUGUUGUCACCUUCAACAGCAAAGUUAAAAAAAAGAAAAAAAAAGGGCCAUCAGAUGCAUUGGGGUUUUGUCUCUCUGUCUCCUUUGAAGUGAAAAUGUUGCUGUUGUGGUUAUAUAGGAUUAAAACUCUGACAGUAAUAUUUUGCUCAGCAGAAAUUGAGCUGCAUAAAAUUAUGUCAGUUUAAAUUUACUAUUAGUCCAGGGUGACUUAUUUGAGUCAGGCAUAAGAAAUAAUAUCACCACACCACCAACACAAAGAAGUGAUAUAUUGUAAUAUCAUGUUUGAAUUACCUUGUAGUUAGAGCAUAUUCCCCCAUUUUUCUCCAAUCGUUGCAUUUUUGCAGUUCACUUUAAAUAUGCUGUUAUACAGAGUCCCAUUCUUAUGAUGAAAUGGGAGCAAUAAUAUCUCUUUACUUUUGUUCUUAAUUAUAAAGAAUUUAAUUUUAUGUUUGAGGUUUUUUUUCUGGGUUUCAGGUUUAAUUUGCAAGUGUUUGUCCUUUUUUCCUGGUUUAUUUAUAGACAAAUAAAGGACUGUGUUUUUGAAAUGCA